GUGGAAGACGAGGAUGUGCAGGAUUGGGAAGGAAAAAGGAUGCAGAGGAGAAGGAAGAGGAUGGGGAGGAUUGGGCGUAAGAGGAUGAGCAGGAUUGGGGAGGGAGAGGAUAAGGAGAAUUGGGAGGAGGAGGUUGAGGAGAAAGGGGUGUUCAGGAGUAACAGGAGGUGAAGGGUCAGGGAGGAGAAGAAUGGGGUUGUGGUUUAGGAGGAGGAAGAAUGGUGGGAGAUGGUGGAGUAGGGGUCGUAUAGGUGUUGGUAAGGUGGUGACGUGUGGUUUUGAGUUGGGGAGGAGGUGGUGAGUGGCUAUGUGUGAGUUGUGGGAUCAGGAAGGUUGAGGUGUUGUGGGAGGAGUUGGGGUGUAAUGAGCUUUGGGGUAGGUGAAUUUGCAGGUGAUACGUUAGGUGAGGGGCAGGUAGUGUUGAGUAAGAUUCCCGGAAGGUUUAUUUGCAGGUUGAACCAGUGGUGAGGAAGGCAUUCAUUUUGAGAGGACAAGAAUAUAAUAGCAAGGAUGUAAUACUGAGCCUUUAUAAGACACUGGUGAGGCCUCACUUGGAGUAUUGAGAGCAGUUUUGGGCCCCUUAUCCAAGAAAGGAUGUGCUGACAUUGGAGAGGGUUCAGUGGAAGUUCACAAGAAUGAUUCCGGGAAUGAAAGGGUUAUGUAUGAGGCGUGUUUGAUGGCUCUGGGCCUGUAGUCACUGAAGUUCAGAAGAUUGAGAGGGAAUCUAAUUGAAACCUAUUGAAUAUUGAAAGGCCUUGUUUGAGUGGAUGUGGAGAGGAUGUCUCCUGUAGUAGUGGGAGUCUAGGACUCAGCCUCAGAAUGGAAGGUCCCUUUAGAACAGAGAUGAGAAGGAAUUUCUUUAGUCAGAGGGUAGUGAAUCUGUGGAAUUAAUUGCCGCAGAGAGCUGAACAGGCCAAGUCAUUGGGUAUAUAUAAAGCAGAGAUUGAUAGGUUCUUGAUAAGUAAGGGUGUUGAAGGUUUGGGGAGAAGGCAGGAGAAUGUUGUUGAGAGGGAUAAUAACCAUGAUGGAAUGGCAGAGCAGACUUCUAUGGGCUGAAUGGCCUAACGCUGCUCCUGUAUCCUGUAAGGAAGAGAAUGGUGGCAAGUUGGGGGUUGAAGAGAGUGUGGUAAGGAGGUCUGAAAUGAGGUGGGAUAAGAGGAAACUGUUCCCCUGUCAUCCUCUCAUCUUCACUCUCUUUAUUGGUGGGUGCAGGGGAGAGGUAUGGACUGGUAGGAGUGGCAGUCAGUGAAGAGUGGUGGGUGCAGUGAGGCAGAAGGAGUUGGGGGAGAAGGGGGUAGUGGGAUGUAUGGGUGAUGAUGAGGGUAAGAGAGGCUGGAGCAGGGAGGAAGGUUUUGAUGCUGAGUGCAAGGAUGAAGUUGAGAAAGGGAUGAUGGAAAAAGGUGGGGAGAUAGACUUCUGCAAGGGCCUUUCCCCUUGUCUAAGCCGUAUAUUGCUCUGCCAAUGCUUGAAUUAUACUUCACAGUUAUGGUUACAUAUAAUUAUGUAACCAUAGUUAUGGCUCAGCAUGUUUGGAGGAUGGCUUUUGAGUGAUGCCACAUUUAACCAACAUCAGCAAUGGUUUGAACGACUGCUGAAAUGUCUUCUUGCCAGAGGAACCAAGCCCUAUGCUUGAAUUCAAUUCUGCCUUAUUUCAAAGCCAGGAAGUUAUCUGGUGUUCCACAGUUCCUUGGCAGAAUAUUACUGAAAGAAACAAAACAGUACUGAAGUGGAAAGUCUUGCUUGGGAUCACAGGUCCAUUCUGCAGCAAGUCAACAAUCUGAGAACAGAAGAGCUGAAACUUAUUUUCACGUUUUGACACCCCAAGCUUUAAUACCAUUGUGCUAACCACUAUGCUAUUGCGGCAUAACCGUGGUUAUAGUUGUGACUUGUGUCCAAAAGAGUAGCUUGAUCUUCAUGUGAUGCUGUCCUUUUUCACAGGAACUCAAGAAAAACCUGGAAGAGGAAAGUCUUCAUUAUCUUUCUGUGCUGUCAGUAAUCUUGUGUCUGAACUCGUGUUCAGCAACAAUGGUCCUGCACAGGCAGUGGAGGAUCUGGAUGGCAGACAGAAACUAUACCCAGUGGCAGAAGGGUCAAGAACUGGAGGACAUCAAGGAUGAAGAAUGGCCAAAAAAUCUAGAGUGGCGUGAGCAAGAAGAUACUGAACCAGCUAGUGCUGGAAGAGAGGAGUGGAGCUGGCCUCAGAGGUUGGAGAGGCCAGUGUGUCUGUGUCUCAGCGCUGCAUGGCUGCGAUGGCGCCCGCUCUCACAGAAGCAGCAACCGAAGCUCACCAUAGGUUCAAACUUGCGACACCAUCCUCAUCCCUGUCUCCCUCAGGCACAACUGACACUGACAACAGCAACUCCAUUAAUAACGGAGCCAUAAGGAAGUCUUUUGCAGAGGACCAUAGUCUAGAUUUUCGCAAUAACUCCAGGAAGGAGGUGCUGUCACCACGUUGCUGCUUUGAUGGAGGAUCUCGUCCACCACCAACACCAGAAUCUGUGAAACUUCAAGGAUCUUUAAGCAAGCACGGAAUUAUAAAGUCUCAUACUGUCCUGUCCCAUUCUUUACUGGAAGCUAGUGUGCUUGGGUCAGAUAUAAUUGAUGGUCAGGUGGCUGUGGAAUUUUCUCCUAAACUUAUUAAAACAAUGAAUGCAGGUAGCAGUUAUCCAUCACUGUCCCCUUCCCCAGAACCAGCGGUUAAUGGCUUAGCCAAGAAAUCUGCUGGCAAUCCACAUUCAGUUUAUGAUUUGAAUGUUAUAAAGACUGGGCAAAAGUCUGGAUCCAUUCAACAUGAAGAUUUCAGUAAAUUGGCAUGUAUUAUGUCUAGUAAAAUAACAGGAGAGGAUGUGGCUGGGGAAUCAAGAAAACCUAGACAUUUGAGUACUAUUGAUGAGGAUUUACAUACAUCAGAGUCCAAGAUUGACACCUUUAAGAUUCUGGAUACUGAGGUUCACAGAAGGACUUCACUGGCUCAGACCAGACAAAGUGAAAUUAGAAGAAGAGCCUACAGACUUAGAAAGAGACUGGAAGUUGUUCAAGUGAAACAGGUUGAGCGUCAUGUCCAGCAGCAACUAGGAGGAUUUGUAGAAAAAACUCUACAUCAUCUUUCACCUUUGAAUUGCUUGAAGCGCCAGGAUGUGUCUCAACAAAAUAAUAUAGUUUAUGGCAAUAAAUCUGGUUCCAUUUCUUGGAAAGGGGACAAGAGUGCUUCAGAAACAUUGGAAAAUGUCUUUAAGAGCAGUUCAAUGACUAAGGGGCUUGAAAAGUUUAUUUCAAGUUCUGACUCAAAGCUGCGAUUCAGUGAGAAUGCUUUCGAUUCUGAUGUUACGGAGAGCAGUUCUGGUGGGGAAUCUGAUAUUGAAGAGGAAUUAAAAACCAAAGUGGAAACAAAGCAAUACCUUGCACCUUUGCGGCAGUGCCCAGGAUGGCGGUGGGCAAUGGAACGAGCUGCUAUUGUGAGCCGCUGGAACUGGUUGCAAGCUCAUGUGUCAGAUUUAGAGUAUCGCAUCCGCCAACAAACAGACAUUUACAGGCAGAUCCGUGCUAAUAAGGGUUCAGUUGUGCUUGGAGAUGUUCCACCCUUGGAAGAUUACUCCCCAGAUAGAGAAGAAUGUCCAUCUCUAAUUGAACGGAAAGUACAUGGUGCUGGAGGCAAUAUGGAGAUGUCAGUCUGUGAACAUUCUUCAUUGCCCAGAAAUGUCGGUAAACAGGUUAUUCCUGCUGUUCAUCCUGUAGAAAAUGUGACAUCUUCCACGCCAACCGACCCAACAAAGGCCUGCUGCCACUCCAGACCUGUCAAUGGCAUAGUCAACAGUGUUCACAGCUUGCUUCCUGACAGCAAUUCAGCUGACAGCUCGGAUGCUGAAGAGCGACUAAAUAAAAAGCAGAGGUUGAAUACACUGUCUGCAUCCUGCAAUGCCACUUGCACUGCAGCUCGGGUUCGUCCACUACUAGCUUGUAAAAAGCGGAGGCUCAUCAGACCCAAUAAUAUUCAGCCACUUAACCAGAAGAACCAGCACCCUCUUACAGUGAAGUGUAACUGUAAUGUCACAACAUCGUGCAUUAUGUGUGGCUCCAAGAAUUCUGAGUCACGAGAAAAUCAAUACAACAUGCCCAUGUCAGAGCGGCUUGCAUUGUUAGAUGCUUGUCUACACCCAGUCCUGUCAUUCUGUGAUGAUAUCCCACUGAAUCUGUACUUGCAACCUGUUCUGAAAGGUUAUCCACAGAAUAAAUCGUUGGAUAAGAGCAAAGCUUCCAAAAAAGUGAUGCUAAAACACAAAGGUUCAUCAGUGUCUUGUCUGCCGGAUCCAACCCAGAAAACACAGCAAAAACUGACCAACUCCAUUCUCGCAUCAGCUAAGUAUGUCCACAAUAGGAAUCGUGCAGAGAAGCCACUUAAGCAACAUUGUGAUGAUUUUCUGUCAGACUCCAAGUUCGAGAACGCUAAUAUACAGGAGAAAUUCUUAAACAAAAGGAGACAGCGUGAACCUUCAUCAGAAGCAAUGGAAGCUCGGCAGGCCCUGUCCGACAUGAGGAGCACAUGUAGUUCUACGGUUAGCUGUCACACCUCAUCUCACAACCAGCUACUGCGGCCAUUGUCUUCAUCGGAGAGCUCUGCACCAAGUUUAAACAAUACACACAAUGUAGCCUCCACCUUGCAAGCAAUCAGAAAACGAAGGGGAGAAAAUUCCUUUGACAUUAACAACAUUGUCAUUCCAAUGUCCGUUGCUGCAACAACUCGUGUAGAGAAGCUUCAGUAUAAAGAGAUCCUAACACCAAGCUGGCGUGUGGUGGAUUUAAAAGCUGAUUUAACUAAUAACAGAUCUGGUGAAGAGGAGCGUGAAGAGAUGGAGGAUCUUUCGGAUGCAGCAUUUAGUUCUCGGCACACAAAAUACGAGGAGUUCGAACGCUCUCGGUGGACAACGUGGUUGGCUUCCCCUGUCCAUGCCCAGAGACGUGGAAGCAGGUCUUACAAAUCAACCGAUGAACAUCCAACCCCUCGGCCUGCUUCUCCUGAUGUCAGUUAUCACAGUUUUGCAGAUUUAACCCUUUCACGUUCACCUUCCAGUCCUUCUGCACUACCUGUCAAUCCAGAAACAAAUUAUUUUCCAGUUCCUCAAGAAAAUGUUGCACGGAUUUCAAAUGAGGAUACACGCUGUUCCACCCCGGAUGUUGGCCAUGAAGAACAGACUGUUCAGCCCUGGGAGAAGCGAACAUUCCCUCUGGCAGGUGACCCAGGAACAGAACGCGAGAUUCGACCUGCAACUGGCCACAGGCAAACCAGAAACAGUCGGCGAUCAUCUGGAGGCAGUAACAGAGGAAGCAGGGAGUUGGAGAGUGGUGGACUAGCUACAGUUCCGCACGAUGACAAGCAGAAACAUUCUAUAUCUCUACGGCUCUCACACAGAUAAAAAGAAAUAGUGGCAGAUACACUUUUCUUGACGUUUGAUAUUCAAACAUCACCCAAACAAAAUUCACAGUUUUAGUGAAUUUAGAGUCCAAUUUAGACAACUUUCUUCUGUUAAAUUUUCUGUCAUCAACCUAAGCUAUUCCAACAGAGGUCAGUUUGAGUUAAAUUCUAGAAUAAAAGCUGGAUUGAUUGAUACUUUGGCUGUUGGGCCAUAAACCAAAACAAUUUUUUUUAAAACAGUCCAUGUAGUUGCAGAUUAUUGAUCCCUGAAAUCAAUAAUGGAAUAUACAUUCAGCAAUGUUCAAAAGCAGUCCAAUUUCAUAACCACUUUUGGUACUGUUUUGCUGUCUUAUUGGAGGCCAAACUAAUGGUUCCUAUUUUGAGCUUUAAAGUGGACAUCAACUUGGUGCACCUGGGCUAAGUGAGUUGACCAGUAGGCAAUGAUUCAGCUGACUAUGUUCAAAAAGAGAGUUGAUUGCUGUACAGUUAUUUUAGAGCAUUAUGUACAUCUGCACUCUGGCUGCACCUUUGUGUUCCUGAAUCUUGUUUUUAAACUUCUACUGAGUUGCCAGCCUGAGGCCAGAUGUCUGAGGGGUUGUCAGUUGGAAAGAGAACGUUGGGACAUUGGAACAAAUUCUAGUGAAUAAUUGUAUUGAGUCAGAAGAGGGGCAAAGCAGCAAAAAAUGUACUGAUAAUGUUUAUAUCAUCUCAGUAAAGUGAGUUUCCUUGUUAGACAAUUCAGAACCUUGAGACUGCUUCAUGUCCCUUAAUUUCAAAAUAGGUGACGGUCCCUUUCAGGAGCCAUGAAAACAGUGAUAGAGGUGGGUAUUGUGUUUCCAGGUGAUCGCCAUAGUGUAUAAAGAGGAAGCAAAAUCACACAUCAGAAGCACAUUGCAAUAUGUUAAUUUGCAGUGCUAGUGCAAAGUUGUCCUGGUGAUGGAUUUUGUUGAAAUGAAGGUUUAAUGUUCUCACUGUAUGGCUGCAUUAUUCAUGAAUCCUUGGGCAACUAUUUCAGCACUUAGCAGGACCUGGAGUUACAGAAUGAGGUUACAGUACAAGAACACAAGCUUAAAGCGGUUCCAGUUAAAGAGAAUUGUUGAUUGAAUGUCCAUGUAAAACGAUAGCCGAUUUGAGAUGGAAUUUGAUUGUUGGAAAAGCCAAGACACUUACCCAGAAUGAGGCUGCAAUGUAAAAUUGAGGAAGUUAGGCCUGGCAGCAUCUGGAAAAAACAGGUUACUUACAUAUAUUUCUAUCACCUCCGACCAAACCCAUUUCUGUGCCCCACUUCUUUCACAUCUUUAUUAUGGAGUAUCUUAUUUUGACAUUCAGCAUCUGCAUGGAGAACAUUAACACUUGGUGUGUUGAAUCUCUGGUCACAGACACAUUUAAGCUGACUGAUGUAAUCAGUGGCCAGGAUGACGUUGAGGUGUGCAGGAUUUCACACUCAGAACCCUUUUAGAAUCACAACACCUUCUUUUGUUAGGGAUGGCUUAGCUCUUACCCAAGUGCUGUUUUACUUGAACCUUUUCCAUUUUCUGACAACAGUUAUUCAGAAGGCUGCCUGUAUUGUAAAUUAAAAAUUGAAAGGCGAAACAGCUGUUUUCGUACAAAAUGUCCAUCAUAGAUGCAUCAGCUUCCACCAAAAAUAGGGCAGUGCUGUGAUGAUGCUAGUCCUGUGGGAGGUUUCUUCCAUCUGCUGCAUCUUCAAUGCUGCAGGCACAAGGUUCUGUUAAUGGAUUAGCUUCUCUUCAUGCCCAUCCACAAACGUGCCUAAAGUCUGUGCUAGAGUUUGAAAUUAGCAGGAAAACCCUACUUUUAACUUACCUGUGGUACAGGUGCAAAUCAUUUGGUAGAGUUAGAGGUAGCAUUGAGAGUGUGGGUGUCCUCUUGAUUUGGAGACUGGGUUGGUGUACCCUGAUCCCAUAAUGAUUUGGGGAGGGAGCGGCUGAGUAUGAUGAAACGGGAUCAACAAUCUGAAGGUAGUUUUGUCCAGCAGGUAGCCCCUAUUGGUCUUUGUUGUGGAAUGGUGAUAGAGUGGAGGGAUGGAAAGAACUUUAUAAAGUGAUGCUGCUGAUGGAGAGUAUAGCAUUAAUGGGCUGUUUCUGUCUUGACCAUCUGAAUCAGGCAGUGUCCUGGUGAACUGCCUUUACUCAUCACUGACAUUGAGAUGUGUCUGACCAAUUUUAAAAUUGCAUUUAGUCAAAACCCUUUCUGGUGAAGCUGGAAAAGAUGAAUGCAAGGUGGAGCAUUUUUGUUGGGUUAUUGAGGUUUCUAAAACUGUAAGAGGCAACAUCAGAGAAACCUGAUAAGAUCUGUGGUUUGCCAAAGAAAAGACUUAAUAGAAAUGGGUCUUAUCAGGGCUGAGCAAAGAGAUUCAUAAAACCUAGUUACUGUACAGUUUUCUGGAGACGGCUGACAUUCUGGUUUUUAAUCAAGUGGGUCUGUGGUGUGUAAUACAUGGGUAUGUUUUUUAAUGUACAAGUGAUCAAUUAACCUGGAUUCUUUAGUUCUUUGGGGUGGGGGGAUGGGGGUUGGUAUGUAGGUUUCAAUAGUGACUCUAAAUCAGUAUUAACCUAUAUUUAGGUUCUAUCAAUGUCCCUCCUUUUUCAGCACUUAGCAUUCUGUGAAUGCAGAACAUAGGAAACAGCUUGGUGAGAAGCAUAGUAGAUUCACUCAUUCACUCCAGACCAAAUUUAUCUUUACAACUGGCCAGAUCAUCUCCUGUUGAGGAACAGCACAAAAGUACAAAUGCAUUGUUUUAGUGUAUUUGUUUUCAAGCUACAGCCUUGGAACUUGAAACUGAAAUUUGUAAUUGAAUCAUCAUCAUUAACAAAUUCAGACCAUUUUGCAUUAUGGCAUGGAUGAAAUCUAUGUCCCACCUAUUAGUUACAGCAAAUCAGCCCAAGGAGUGUGGGGACCAUUUUGGUUUACAUCAGGACAGUUCAGGUCUGACUGAACCAGUGGCCUAUGUCUGCCACACUGGCUGAUUUUCUCCAUGUUUGUUGUUUGACUUCAGUGACUUGAUUGAACAGAUAGUCUACAUUUUCUUAACCGUUUGCAUUCUCUAGCAUUCAACUACUUAAAUUUGUUUGGCGAGAUCCACUGGCCACUUUCCCACUGUUGAACUAGUGUUGCCUUUCAAUUAUACUCUGAAGGUGCACAGUCUGGGUUUCCUCAGAAUCUGCUUUCAGUUGUUGAAAGAGCAGUGGAUAGGUCAAUAACUUUAGCAAUUUUUUUACAUCUGUUCCUGAAAUAUUGAGAGCAACUGUUAAUGGAGUUGAAUUAAGUUAGUUAUCAAAUGAUCAGGAAAUGCAUGUCUGUGAGGGUCCACGAAUCUUCAUUCCCAUCAGAAGUUCUCAAGCCUCCACAGUCAUUGACACUUGCUGAUGGAUUGACCUUCUCAGUAGGUCGGCCUAUUGUGUAGCCUACUUGUCCACCUGCUCUGGCCCAAGAUGUUACAGAAUUUGUUGGAGAAGCCAUGUGUUGUAUUCCCAUUUCAAAAAUACAUGAAAUUUUGUGUGUGUGCUACAGAUAUGACGGGGCCAGUUCCAAUCUUGUCAGUUCCUGUGAUCCAUUUAUUCUGAAAAUUGUUCAGUUAUACUUGUUUCCAUGUGGUGUUGAAAGCUUUGUUAGCCUUGUGCCUGUCUUUAUAUAUUUCCACCUUGGGCAUUGAAAAGUGUAAAGACAAAAUCAGUUUCCUUUUGAUCUUUUUAUAUUAAUUAAACGAAAGUUUAGCUGACUGCUUUGAUUGUAGUGUUCUUACCCUUGUAAAAAAAAAUUCUAUUUUGUACAUUUUCUUUUUGAAGCUGUGUAUGGAGAUAUGGGCUGUCAUUGUCCUCAUUGUAUAGAAUGUUUUUCUUCAUUCAGGAAAGCAGUACUUUAUGAUUUAACCAACCCAAAAGUUAAGCACAAUUUGUGCUUAUAAAAAAAUAAAGUUUUAAAAAUAGAUCAAAGACUUCCCAGAUUUGCUG